AUGGCAACAAAACCAUCAAAUUCUACUUGUCCAACCGUAAUUGAUGCGGAGCUGGAGGAUAGAAUUAGUUGGUUACCGGGUCAUAUAGUAGACCAGAUUCUGUCACACUUGCCCAUUAGGCAUGCUGUGACAACAAGUGCUUUAUCAAAAAUAUGGCGGUACAAAUGGACCACAAUACCAAAUCUUGUGUUUGAUAGACAAUGUGUCUAUGCGCCUUCCCGACGACACGAUUCACUUAUUGUGAGACACCUUUUCACAAUUAUUAUUGAUCACGUACUCUCACUUCAUUCUGGGCCAAUCAACAAGUUUGUGAUCUUCUAUCAGGAUGUCAUGAGUGUGACUAACUUUGAGAGGUGGAUACUUUAUUUAACCAGAAACUCUAUCAAAGAGCUUGAGCUGGAGGUAUGGAAUGUGCAGCCCUAUGAGUUACCUUGGUGCUUAUUUUCUUGUCAAAGUUUUCAUUGCUUAAAAUUAUAUCAUUGUUGGAUUAAUCCUCCAUCGGCAUUUAAAGGCUUUAGGAACUUGAAAGUUCUUAAAUUGGAUGACGUUACAAUAACUCGAGAUGCCUUUGAAAAUUUGAUAUCCGGAUGCCCUUUGCUUGAAGAUUUGAAAUUGAUGUAUCUUGGUGGUUUUACCCAAGCUAUUAUUCACGCGCCAAAUCUCAAGAUUUUUGAGAUUUAUAACUGCAAUGGUGAUUUGGAGAGUAUUAUCUUUGAAAACACUUUCCAACUAACUAAUGUAAGUAUUGAUUUAAACUUUUAUAUGAACUUUGAAAGCAAUCAAAGUAGAUUGCACGGAUGCUCUAGCCACAUGCUCAACUUUUUCAGUCAUCUACCUCACUUACAGAGCCUGGAGAUCUAUAGCUGUUUUUUAAAGUAUUUGGCUGCCGGUGUUGUGCCUGUAAAGCUUCCUACAUCUUGUAUCAAUCUAACUUAUCUUAUGUUACAUAUACGGUACCACAACUUGAAGGAAAUUUCGGCUGUUCUUUGCUUGGUCAGAAGUUCACCUAAUCUUCGAAAAAUAGAAUUAUAUGAGGCGGAGGAGGAGGAGGAAGAGGAGGAGGAGGAGGAGAAAAAGAAGGGGACUGCCCUUUUAGCACGGGUCUCCUAUUGUGGGAAAGAUGUCUUUUCUGGGCCAACCAUACCCCUCAGAGUACGACAUGUGAGGAUAGUAGACAUCUCUGAGUUGGUGACCAAACUAAAUCAGUUCAAGAGAGCGUCAAGACAAGUUGAAGUUAUUUACCAUGGGGAAACAAAGUAG